ACUUAACUUAUGACAGUGACAAGCUAGGGCUACUACUGUCUGUCUUGUGAGCUUGUGAGUGAGAAGUUUUUUCUUUUACAGUGUCUGAUUUUGGUUUCUUGAGCAUCUUUUUGUUGCGAACUUGCGAUCGUAAUCUUGCGAUUUGAGUUAGGCAAGGACUUGGGCACCAUCAGCAUCACUUACCGUCGUAUAUCUUGCUAUCCUUUUGUGAGGUGCUAAUUCUAAAGGUUAAUUCUAAAGUUAUUUGUCGAAAUGACUGCUCCCAUGGAAAGGAUUCAAAUACUUGAUGAUAUUGAAAAAGAUAUAAUAACAUGUCUUCAAUGUGCAGCUCAAGCCCUGCUGGAGCUGAGCAAAGAAAAGUCGGGUCAGAAACAAGCGGAAACAAACACUUCACAAUUUCUGAGAACUUUGAGUCAAGUGGAAUCAAAGCUAAGUGAUCAGAUCAACUAUUUGACCCAAGUUUCUACUGGGCAACCUCACGAAGGGUCAGGUUAUGCAUCACAGAAAGUAUUGCAGAUGGCAUGGCAUAGACUAGAGCAUGUCCGCUCUUGGGUGAAUGAGCUGGACCGACUGAAGGCUUCUCAUCUAUCUGCUACGAGGUCUGUGUCAGGAAAUGUUCAGAAUGGCAACAUGACAUCUUCAAGCACCAGUACUUGAUACAAACUUUAAUGCCUUUAGUGCAAGAGACUAUGUGCAUAAAACUGCAUUCUUGUUAUCAAGUGUUUGUAAAUGUAUUCUGCCAUGUGUUAAGACUCUUCUUUGUUUGAUUGAUAUAGAAAAUACAAUAUUAUCUGCUUAUUAACCUGCUGUGUGCUUAAACGCUUAUCCACGUGAGACACAAAUACACAACAUAUUUUCUAUUGUGUCGCAUAAAACGGAUUUCAAGCAGUUAAUAUUCUUAAAUAAAUAUAUUCUGUAGUAAGUUAAUUAUUUUAGGAAUAUAAUUUAAUUGUAAACAGAUAUUAAUCAUAACAAAUUAGUGUUUGGCAUUUGAAUAGUUAGUUAAAUAUUAUUGUAUAGUAAUUACUGAAUAAAUAAGGCAUGUAUUGAGAACUUAUCAAAAGUGUAAUUUAGUAAAUUAAUAAAUAGAAUUUUAUAAUAUUCUAAAUUGUUCCAAUAAUAUUAGAUUUGAAUUCAUGACUUUUUUCAUUGAAUGUAGGAAAUAGUGUAUAGUUAUAUUUGUAUUUUAUUGGAAAUCGAUCACAUACUACAAUGCACAAUAAAUGAUACCUA